AGGCUCUUGUGUGUUUACAUAAAUGCAACGGCAGCUGCUGCACAGCGUCCGGACAUCAAUGUUUCGCUUUAAUUUCCUCGAAAACCAACACGAUAAUCGGUGCACACGCUCGUAAACGAUUACGUCCGGACAGAAUACCGCUCUUCUCUGUAAAAGAAAGCUUGAGUUGACUGCAGCUUUGAUCAGUUUUGUAUUAGGUUUCUGGCGUCAUGGACGAGCUCGCGGUGGAAGUCCGAGGCGCGAGCGGAGCUUUCUACAAGGCUCUUAUUAAGGAUGUUCACGAAAGCACGGUCACAGUGUCUUUUGAGAACAAUUGGCAACCAGAGCGACAGAUUCCUUUCCACGAUGUUCGGUUUCCACCUCCAACUGGAUUUCAGAAAGAGAUAAAUGAGAGUGAUGAAGUGGAGGUGUACUCCAGGGCCAAUGAUAAGGAGCCAUGUGGUUGGUGGUUAGCCAAAGUUCGAAUGGUGAAAGGAGAGUUUUAUGUCAUAGAAUAUGCAACCUGUGAUGCGACGCUAAAUGAAAUAGUCACAUUAGAGAGGCUACGACCUGUGAACCCCAACAAACCAGCUUCAAAGAACACCUUUCUCAAAACCAGACUAGACGUUCCAGAAGACCUUCGACAAAUGUGUGCAAAGGACUCCGCUCAUAAGGAUUUUAAAAAAGCGAUUGGAGCACUUUACGUCACUUACGACGCUGACGAAAAGCAGCUGGUUAUUUUGUCCAUUAAUGAGGUUACAGCAAAACGAAUAUCUAUGUUGAGUGACAUGCACUUCAGGAGUCUGCGUACAAAGCUGACGCUGAUGCUGCGGAAUGAAGAAGCAACCAGGCAACUGGAGAGCUCUCGCCAACUGGCCUCAAGGUUCCACGAGCAGUUUGUGGUUCGAGAUGACCUCAUGGGUCUGGCUAUAGGCACCCAUGGGGCAAACAUCCAGCAAGCCCGAAAGAUUCCUGGAGUCACCACCAUAGAUCUAGAUGAGGAGACAUGCACGUUUCACAUUUAUGGAGAGGACCAGGAAGCAGUACGGAAGGCCAGGAGCUACCUGGAAUUCUCUGAAGAUGUUAUAAAAGUUCCUAAAAAUUUAGUUGGCAAAGUCAUUGGCAAGAGUGGUAAGCUGAUUCAAGAGGUUGUGGAUAAAUCAGGAGUCGUCAGAGUUCGAGUGGAACCAGAAAAUGAUAAAAUGCCAUCACCAUUAGAGGAGGGAAUGGUGCCAUUUGUUUUUGUGGGGACGAAGGAAAGCAUUUCAAACGCCCGCAUUCUUCUGGAUUAUCAUCUGAAUUAUCUAAAGGAGGUAGACCAGCUGCGGAUGGAGAGACUUCAGAUUGAUGAGCAGCUCAGACAGAUCGGUGGAGGACCCAGAGGUCCGCCAGGACGACCUGAGAAAGACAAACCCUUCAUCGCUGAUAAUGGAAUGGGCCUGUCACGAGGUGGUGUCAAACCCUUCAGUCGUGGAGGGAGAGGGAGGCGGGGCCCAACACUGGCAUCUGGCACAAACUCUGAGGCCUCUAAUGCAUCAGAGACUGAGUCUGAUCACAGAGAUGAGCUCAGCGACUGGUCCCUGGCCCCCACAGAUGAGGAGUCCAUGGGUUACCCCAAAAGGGUCCCAGAUGGACGCAAAAGGGGUGGAGGUCCACGGGGCCGUGGAGGGAGAGGAAGAGGGGGAGGAUACAAAACUGAAGACAUGCACUGGAAUGAGUCCCGCUCCCGCAGUUCUAGAGACUCCAAACUGAGACCCCAAGAAGAUUCGCUGCAGAUCCGCAUCGACAGCAAUAACGAGAGGAGCGUCCACACCAGCCGAGGGUCCCAAGGUCUAGCAGCAGACAGUGGAGGGAACCGACAGAGACCCAUAAAAGAAAGAGGGAUGAAGAAAGAGAAGAAUGACAGCCCAGACAGCCAAGCUGUUGUGAACGGGAUUUCAUAGACAAAAAUGUACCCUCCCCCCGCCCAUUCUCCCACCCAGCUCUUGAUGCUUCUUCAUUAGAGACACAUUAGGCCAAAGAGAACCAGGUCAGUAGGGAUGGUGCGAGACAUGACAUAAAGCACACUUUGUAAUUGAUCAUGGGGUAAAAAGACCAGGUCUCUUGGUGUAAAGUGUGUUGAAUUUUGUAGUCUACGUUCAUGAGAGAGAUCGGUCUCUAAAAUCCGAGCAGAAGCUACACGUUUUCUAAUUGACUUUCUAAAUGACUACAUAUGAAACUAACAAAAGCUGUGGAAAAAUGGAUUUAAAUAAAGAAAAAAAAAAAAAGAAUCAUGACACACAUAUUCAAAUAAUUUGUUUUCAAUAAUGUCCAAAAAAGGGAAAGGAUCCAGCACUUGGGCCCAAGUUUAUGCCACAUCUCAUGGCAUACAUUGUUUCUGCGUGCUUUGUUGUCCUUGAUCACUCAAGCCCAUUCUGAUGUGAGGUUUUUGCCACAUCAUAAGCAAAAAACAAAGGAGAAAAUAAAGAAGAAAAACAACAAACAAAAAAUAACAAAAUGUGUAAAACUUGUUAAAAAAAUGCUCCUGUCUGAUCUGUGCCUUUAACUAUUGUGGAUAGUAUCAUAAUUUGGAUGUUUAAAUCAGGGAAGACACAACACCUAUCUAACCAACAUUUGUUGCAAUCCCAACUGACAAUUAAAACUUAAGGUGUUUUUUUUUUCUCUGUGCUGCAUGUAUUUCACAAACAUUUUGGAUGUCUGGAAAGGUUCCAUUAAGUCAGUCGAUUUAUACUUUCCCAUGAAUUGGGAGUAGAACAGGUUAUUAACCUAACUGUACUAGAUUCCUGCAUAUGGUAUAAAUAUUUGGAAGUCAAAAGUUGUAAUCAGCCACCCUGAGUUGAACACUGAUGCCAAUUCAAUAAGCGGCACGAAUAUGAAUUUAUUUUAAAAUUUAGCAUAUCUUUACAUUUAUAGAACAGAUGUAAGUGUAUAUUUAGACGUAGCAUUGCAGUUUCCUUGGUUUACAUUUAUUUUACCUCCCAUAAUUACACCUUUUUUGUAAUAAAUGAGACUAGGUGAAUUUGCUUUUUAAUUUUUUUUAAUCACAAACAGGGUGGAAAUGCUUUUUAUUUUCCAUUCAUGCUGUCACAGAAAACUGCCAUCGUUGCAGCUGUAUUUACAGCAUCAGGUGUGAAGCACUUAUAUCAGAAAUCUAUAACUUUUUGUCUCUGUCUGAACAAUGGCUCAUCAUAGACUGAAAAUGUUAAUCUGUGGAAUUACAUACUGUAUAUUAUGUCAUCCAUUUGGAGAUUGUUGCUGUUCUUUUUAGAUUUGAACUUAAAUGUGCACUUAUGGUUGUGUUUCUCUGCAAGUACUUUAUAAUCUCUAAACCUAUAAUAAACUAGAAUGUGAUAAGACUUCCUCAGCAGGUGAAUCACAUGUAUGCUGUCAACAUUACUAAACUGAAGUUUAAAUGUCUCCGCUAAUUUGGAGUCUACUGUACUUUUUUCAGCUGAAUUCACUUCAAGGUAAGAUAGGAGAAAACAAUGUUAACUUUUGAAAACCGUUUGUCUUAUCUGAAUAGUGCUUGUGCAUUACAGUUUAGUUUACAUUUUGAGAAAGACGCGAUGCUGUUCUGAACCCAUGUUUUUUUUUCAAAACCUACUGUGACCGUAACCAUGGUAGUUUUUAUGAUUUUAUGGUUCGACUAUACAAGAAACAAUUCAUUUAAAAUCAGUUGUGUCCUUUUUUUCUAUUUCCGCUCUCACUAGUCACCUUGGCAAAUAACCAGCUAUACCUGUUAAGCUUAUACACCAGUUUCAAAGUGAUUUUGCUUGGAUCAGUGUCCUGUGAAAACUGUUGAAAUCAAGAUAAAUGCAAAACAAAACAAAAAAUGUGAAGGGUUAGACUUUUUAAUCGUAGAAAUAACCUGUGACUGGCAGAGGAUGUGCAGCUCUGUGGGUUAGGAAAAAACAAACCACUUUAUUGUGGCUCCUAAAAUUUAGCUUUCACUUCAAAAUAAGGUGUUUAAAUGGUUUACGCUCAGUAUUUUUACAACCUGCAUGUCCGCGGUGGGCAGUAAACUGGCAAGAUGCCGCAGUUCACCGAAGUCUGUUGAAAAAAAAAAAUGCCGUUCAGAGUCUUUGAAAUGUUGCCAAACAGACUUUUUCUAGUUAUUUAUUUUUUGGAAUGUAUAUGAAAUGAUCACAAAUUUUAAAACCAUCUCUUGCACACGUCGUAGGCUAUUAUGAUUUGAAAAAGGACUGAAAGUAAUAAAUAAAAAAAAAUAAAAAAACAUGAAAUACUGUAGAUACUGAGGUAGACUGACCUUGUAUGUUACUGCACAUUGGGUAAUAAUUUCUUUGUACAUAAUAGCAGAACAGACUGGGUUUUAUGUUGACAUUGUUUGGUUAUAGUGCAAUAUAUUUUGUAUGCAAGCAGUUUCAAUAAAUAAAGGUUGAUCUUCCUCUGCAA